GUAAAGAUGGACAAUCAAGACAAAAAGCAAAAUGGCUACACAGACGUGCAUGGCCCUGUGGCUGGCAUAUUUCUGGAGAAAACAAAGGAGAAGAUAACCAUAUACCAAGCCAUGAAAAAGCGUCUGCUCAAACCAGGGACAGCAUUAGCCCUGCUUGAAGCACAAGCUGCCACAGUGGGCAUUGUAGACCCAAUAAACAACAGAAUACUUCCUGUUGUAGAUGCUGUGAAAGAAGGAAUUGUUGGACUGGAGAUGAAGGAGAAACUUCUUGGAGCAGAGAAAGCCACCAGUGGCUAUGUAGACCCCUACACCAAUCAAAUAAUAUCUUUAUUCCAAGCAAUGCAAAAAGAUUUAGUCCCAAGAGAUAAAGGACUAAGGUUGCUUGAAGCACAGAUUGCCACACAAGGCCUGUUUGAUCCCAGUGAUAAAAAGAACAUUUCAGUUGAAUCCGCAAUUGAAAAGGGCUACUAUGAGAAGGGUUUAAUCAAUGACAGGAUGUCAGAGCUCAAAGUUUUCUACCAUCCAAGUUCGCAAGAAACUCUCAACUACCAAAAUCUACUAGAGAAAUGUACCAUUGAGCCCGAUACAGGCCUGUUGCUCCUUCCUGUCUGCAUCACCUUCAAAGGUCUGCGAAGAGGCAUCUCCUCCACUGAACUCUUUGAAUCAAAGAUCAUUGACAAAGAAACAUACAAUGACCUACGAGAAGGAAAAACCACAACACAGGAUGUGUUGUUGAUGGAAACCGUGAAAGAAUACCUGGAGGGCAAAGGCAGUAUUGCAGGUAUUGCUGUGCUUUCAACCAAUCAGAGAAUGAGCAUUUACCAAGCCAUGAAACAAGGAAUACUGAUGCCUGGAACUGCAUUAGUUCUGCUGGAGGCGCAAGCGUCAACUGGAUUUAUGAUUGAUCCUGUAGAAAAUAAAAAGUUCACUGUGGAUGAGGCCAUCAAGAACAAACUUGUUGGGCCAGAAUAUCAUGCAAAGCUGUGUUCUGCAGAGAGAGCAGUGACUGGAUACAAAGAUCCAUACACAGGUGAAAUAAUAUCUUUGUUUCAAGCACUGUCCAAAGACCUAAUUGUCAGGGAGCAUGGGAUUCGCCUACUUGAGGCACAGAUUGCUACAGGUGGAAUAAUAGACCCAAUCAACAGUCACAGACUUCCCACUGAAGUGGCCUUUAAGAGAGGUUAUUUUAAUGAAGAUAUGAAUGAUGUACUUGAAGAUUCAGGGGAUGACACAAAAGGGUUUUUUGACCCAAAUACAGAAGAUAAUCUUACCUAUCUUCAACUGAUGGAAAGGUGUGUCAUUGAUCCUGUCACUGGAUUGUGUCUCCUCCCUCUCUUUAAUAAAACAGAUAACAGAGUAAACUUUAACUUCAUUGAUUACCAAACUAAAAUGGCCUUCAAAGAAGUGAAGGUGAACAUCACAUGUGGGAAGUACAUGGGGAUGACAGUAUCUCUGUGGGAACUGUUGAUGUCAGAAUACUUUGAUGAACAGCAGAGACGUGACAUUAUUCAGAAGUACAGAGAAGGGAAGCUUGAUAUCAAGAUGAUCAUUACAACAGUUCUGGAAAUCAUUGAGAAGUCUGUGAAAACAACUAAAGUUGUCUUUGAAGGCAUCAGAGAAAAUGUCACAGCCAAACAGCUUUUGGAGGCAGACAUCAUCAGUGAAGAGGCCCUUGAGGAUUUGAAAAAGGGAAAAAAGUCAGUGAAAGACAUGAUGAAAGACGAAAUGGUAAAUGUGUACCUACAAGGAAAAGGCAGCAUUGCAGGUAUUCUGCUUCCUGAUUCUCGAAUCAUGACCAUCUAUCAGGCCAGACACAGAGGACUGCUGAUGCCAGGGACAGCUCUGGUUCUGUUAGAAGCACAGGCAGCAACAGGAUUUAUUAUUGACCCUAUUGGAAACAGAAAGUUUUCAGUGGAUGAUGCUGUAAAAGCAAAUAUUGUGGGGCCAGAUGUCUGUCAAAAGCUGCGCUCAGCAGAGAGGGCAGUCACUGGGUACAAAGAUCCAUAUGAUGGAAAAAUAAUCUCUCUGUUCCAAGCGAUACAAAAAGACCUCAUCGUAACAGACCAUGGAAUUCGGCUCUUGGAGGCUCAGAUUGCAACUGGUGGCAUUAUAGAUCCAGUGAACAGCCAUCGGAUUCCUGUCCAUGUGGCCUAUGAAAGGGGCUACUUCAAUGAGGAAAUGAAUGAAAUCCUGACUGAUCCAAGUGAUGACACCAAAGGAUUUUUUGAUCCCAACACUCAUGAGAACCUGACAUACUUGCAGCUCAUAGCCAGAUGUGUCACCGAUCCCAGUACAGGUCUUUGUCUUUUGCCACUCAAGAGCAAAGGUAGAAAAAUUACCAUUGAUGAUAAUCUUCGAGAAACAUUCAAAAUAACAGUUACUGUCAAGUAUGGCAGGUUCAGGGGCAAGCACACAACUCUGUGGGAUCUAAUCAAUUCAGAGUAUCUGUCUGAAGACAAACGACAAGAGUUUUUCAAGCUUUUCAAAUCAAGAAAAAUCACACUUGAGCAACUCAUCAUCACCAUUUUAGACAUCAUUGAAAGUAAGGAAAUAAAAAAGCAAGACGCUCUGAACUUUAAAAGUCUCAGAGGAGAGGUCUCUGUUGUGGAUCUUUUGGAGCUGGAAAUUGUGGAUGAAGAAACAUACAACAGCUUAAUCGAUGGACGUUUGACAAGCACUGCUGUGAUACAAAUGGACAGAGUGAGAGACUACCUAGAGGGAAAGAGUUGCAUAGCUGGGGUGCUUCUUCAACCCUCAAAUAAGAAGAUUAGCAUCUAUGAGGCACAGAGACUUGGUAUUCUUACACCUUGCACUGCCCUUUGCCUCCUUGAAGCACAAGCAGCCACAGGGUUCAUUGUUGAUCCUCUGAAAAACCAAAAACUUACAGUGGAACAAGCUCUCAGAGAAAAAGUAUUUGGUCCCCAGGUGUAUGAAAAGCUUUUAUCUGCAGAGAGGGCUGUCACCGGUUACACAGAUCCAUACACUGGUCAAAAGAUCUCACUCUUCCAAGCCUUAAAAAAGGAUUUAAUUGUCAAACAGCAUGGCAUCCGUUUACUUGAGGCCCAAAUUGGUACAGGUGGCAUUAUUGAUCCCAUGAAGUGUCUUCACCUACCACUCCAGGUUGCAUACAAGAAGGGAUAUUUUGAUGCGGAGCUAAAUCAAAUUCUGAUGGACCCAACUGAUGACACGAAGGGCUUUUUUGACCCAAAGACAAAAGAAAAUCUCACAUACAUGGAGUUGUUGGGCAGAUGUGUCAAAGAUAAGGAAACAGGACUGUGUCUCUUGCCAGUGAAUGACACACCAAAUGCUACAGAAAACCCUAAUGUCUAUACUGACACAGAGAUAAAGCAAGAGUUUGAAAAGACAUCUGUGAACAUAUCAAUAGGACGGGUAAAAUCCUUUACUCUAUGGGACCUGAUUCACUCUAGGUACUUCACAGCAGAACAGCGGCUUGAAAUCAUUGAAAAAUACAGAACAAAGACGACUACCAUACAGACUAUAAUCACUCUAGUGAUUUCCACCAUUGAAACUCUGGAAAAGAGUGAAACUCGCGAGAUGAUAAUGGGCAUGAGAAAGCCUGUCUCUGCACAACAACUUUUGGAUUCUGAAAUUAUUGAUGCAGACACAUUCAAACAAAUGAAUGAAGGAAAACUAACCUUUGAAGCAAUCACCCAGCGAGAAUCUGUGAAAGGAUUCCUGAUAGGAACAGGAAGCAUUGCUGGAAUCAAAGUUUAUCCCUCACAGAAAGUAAUGAGCAUUUAUGAUGCAAAAAAGGAAGAUCUGUUGACACCUGGCAUUGCACUUCUUCUGCUGGAAGCACAAGCUGCAACAGGAUGGAUAAUUGAUCCACACAAAAACAAAUUCUAUUCUGUUGAUGAGGCAGCAAGAGAGAAAUUAAUUGGACUAGAUAUACAUGAGAACCUUCUCUUGGCUGAACGUGCUGUCACUGGUUAUAAAGAUCCUUAUACUGAUGCAACAAUAUCCCUGUUUGAAGCACUGAAUGAACAGCUGAUUCAAAGAAAUUAUGGUAUUCGUCUUCUUGAGGCACAGAUAGCAACUGGGGGAAUCACUGAUCCAAAUCUAAGUCUCAGGCUGCCUGACCGUGUUGCUAUUAAAAGAGGAUAUCUUGAUGAAGAAAUGAGAACACUUCUGUUGAACCCAACUGAUGAUGCAAAAGGAUUCCUUGACCCAAAUACUAAAGAAAUCCUCUCUUACCGUCAACUGAUAAACAGAUGUGAGAAAGAGCCAGAAACUGGGCUACUUCUUCUACCCCUGCAUACAGAGAAAUCUCAUCCAUUCCACACAGAUGAACAAAUUGAGCUUGCAUUCAAAAACAAAACCACCACCAUGAAUGUAGGAAAGUAUAAAAACAAAGAGGUCACAUUGUGGGAAGUGUUGCUUUCUGGAUACAUAUCAGAACAAAAAAGGAAGCAGCUCAUACAGCAAUUCAAGACCGGAACCCUGAAAAUGGAGGAAAUCAUUGAAAUACUUAUAGUUAUCAUUACAGAGGUAUCGUCCAAAGAAAAGAAGUUCAAAGGACUGAGAAAGCAGGUCUCAGCCAGUGAGUUGUAUGAAUCAAAAAUCAUCUCAAAGGAACUUUUUACACAGAUUAUACAAGGUGAGGUAACAGAAGAGAAUGUUACUAAAAUGGAAUCAAUUCAAAAAUACUUAGGGGCCACAAACUGUAUAGCGGGGGUAAGAGUUGAAUCCACAAAGAAGGUUAUGAGCAUCUAUGAAGCAAAAUCCAAAGGCCUGCUCACCCCUGGCACUUCACUUGUUCUGUUGGAAGCACAAGCUGCUACUGGUUUUGUCAUUGACCCAGUGAACAACAAGAAACUUUCCGUAGAGGAAGCUGUAGCUCAAGGUGUAGUUGGCAGAGAGUGGAAAAACAAAUUGCUUUCAGCAGAAAGGGCUGUCACAGGCUACAGAGAUCCAUACACUGGAGACACAAUUUCUUUGUUCCAAGCCUUGAAAAAGGAUCUCAUAGUAAAGGAACAUGGAAUUCGGCUUCUGGAAGCCCAAAUUGCAACAGGGGGCAUAAUUGAUCCACUCCAUAGCCAUCGAGUACCUGUACAGGUGGCAUAUGAAAGAGGUUACUUUGAUGAAGAAAUGAACCAGAUUUUGUCUGAUCCUGAUGAUGACACCAAGGGCUUCUUUGAUCCCAACACCCAAGACAACCUCACCUACAUGCAGUUGGUAGAAAGAUGUGUCAUUGAUCCCAUCACAGACCUGAAUUUGCUAGUCAUUGUUAAGAAAGGAGAGUUUUAUUUCUUUGUUGAUGAGGCUACAAAGUUAAUUCUAAAAUCUACAACAACAACAAGAGCAGGAGGUAAAUACCAAGGGAAAACCAUAUCUCUGUGGGAUCUUCUUUACUCCAAAUACAUCACUGAGGAGAAGAGGAGAGAACUUGUGCAGCAGUACAAGUCUGGAUCAAUCACAAUUGAACGUUUUCUGGAAAUCAUCCUGACAAUCAUUCAACAGCAGACAGCCUCGUCCUUAACAAGUGUCACAUGCCAACCACCACAAACUAAAGUUGACAGCAGCACAACCAAAACCACCAUUACCACUACUACCAUCUCAGAAACAAGUCAACUUCCAAAGUUCCAUGGAAUCCGAAAGGAUGUCACUGCAACUGAGCUCCUAGAAUCCCAAAUCAUCACUGAGGACCUCUACAAAGGUCUUAGCGCUGGAGAAGUCACAGUGACGGAAAUCAGUGAAAUGGACUCAGUACGGAAGUACCUUGAAGGGACCAACAGCAUUGCAGGAGUGUACCUGCAGUCCACCAAGGAGACUCUGAGUAUAUAUGAAGCUAAAUGCAGAGGCCUACUGACCCCAGGUACUUCUCUGGUUUUGUUAGAGGCCCAAGCAGCCACUGGCUUUGUCAUUGACCCGGUGAAAAACAAGAAACUUUCAGUUGAGGAAGCUGCAGCUCAAGGAGUGGUUGGCAAUGAGUGGAAAAACAAACUGCUCUCAGCAGAAAGAGCUGUUACAGGAUACAGAGAUCCCUACACAGACAAAACAAUGUCUUUGUUCCAAGCUUUGAAAAAAGAUCUCAUUGUGAAAAAUCAUGGGAUUCGUCUCCUUGAAGCACAAAUUGCUACAGGAGGAAUAAUUGACCCAGUGCACAGUCACAGAGUUCCUGUACAAGUGGCAUAUGAAAGAGGUUACUUCGAUGAAGAAAUGAACCAAGUUUUAUCUGAUCCUGAUGAUGACACCAAGGGCUUCUUUGAUCCCAACACCCAAGAGAACCUCACCUACCUCCAGCUGGUAGAGAGAUGUGUUAUUGACCCUGUCACAGGCCUAAGUUUGCUCGUCAUUGUGAGGAAAGGAGAGUUUUAUUUCUUUGUUGAUGAGGCUACAAAGCUCAUUCUAAAAUCUACAACAACAACAAGAGCAGGAGGUAAAUACCAAGGGAAAACCAUAUCUCUGUGGGAUCUUCUUUACUCCAAAUACAUCACUGAGGAGAAGAGGAGAGAACUUGUGCAGCAGUACAAGUCUGGAUCAAUCACAAUUGAACGUUUUCUGGAAAUCAUCCUGACAAUCAUUCAACAGCAGACAGCCUCGUCCUUAACAAGUGUCACAUGCCAACCACCACAAACUAAAGUUGACAGCAGCACAACCAAAACCACCAUUACCACUACUACCAUCUCAGAAACAAGUCAACUUCCAAAGUUCCAUGGAAUCCGAAAGGAUGUCACUGCAACUGAGCUCCUAGAAUCCCAAAUCAUCACUGAGGACCUCUACAAAGGUCUUAGCGCUGGAGAAGUCACAGUGACGGAAAUCAGUGAAAUGGACUCAGUACGGAAGUACCUUGAAGGGACCAACAGCAUUGCAGGAGUGUACCUGCAGUCCACCAAGGAGACUCUGAGUAUAUAUGAAGCUAAAUGCAGAGGCCUACUGACCCCAGGUACUUCUCUGGUUUUGUUAGAGGCCCAAGCAGCCACUGGCUUCGUCAUUGACCCGGUGAAAAACAAGAAACUUUCAGUUGAGGAAGCUGCAGCUCAAGGAGUGGUUGGCAAUGAGUGGAAAAACAAAUUGCUCUCAGCAGAAAGAGCUGUUACAGGAUACAGAGAUCCCUACACAGACAAAACAAUUUCUUUGUUCCAAGCUUUGAAAAAAGAUCUAAUUGUGAAAGAUCAUGGGAUUCGUCUCCUUGAAGCACAAAUUGCUACAGGAGGAAUAAUUGACCCAGUGCACAGUCACAGAGUUCCUGUGCAAGUGGCAUAUGAAAGAGGUUACUUCGAUGAAGAAAUGAACCAAGUUUUAUCUGAUCCUGAUGAUGACACCAAGGGCUUCUUUGAUCCCAACACCCAAGAGAACCUCACCUACCUCCAGCUGGUAGAGAGAUGUGUCAUUGACCCUGUCACAGGCCUAAGUUUGCUCGUCAUUGUGAGCAAAGGAGAAUUUUAUUUCUUUGUUGAUGAGGCUACAAAGCUCAUUCUAAAAUCUACAACAACAACAAGAGCAGGAGGUAAAUACCAAGGGAAAACCAUAUCUCUGUGGGAUCUUCUUUACUCCAAAUACAUCACUGAGGAGAAGAGGAGAGAACUUGUGCAGCAGUACAAGUCUGGAUCAAUCACAAUUGAACGUUUUCUGGAAAUCAUCCUGACAAUCAUUCAACAGCAGACAGCCUCGUCCUUAACAAGUGUCACAUGCCAACCACCACAAACUAAAGUUGACAGCAGCACAACCAAAACCACCAUUACCACUACUACCAUCUCAGAAACAAGUCAACUUCCAAAGUUCCAUGGAAUCCGAAAGGAUGUCACUGCAACUGAGCUCCUAGAAUCCCAAAUCAUCACUGAGGACCUCUACAAAGGUCUUAGCGCUGGAGAAGUCACAGUGACGGAAAUCAGUGAAAUGGACUCGGUACAGAAGUACCUUAAGGGAACCAACAGCAUUGCAGGAGUGUACCUGCAGUCCACCAAGGAGACUCUGAGUAUCUAUGAAGCUAAACUCAGACGCUUACUGACCCCAGGUACUUCUCUGGUUUUGUUAGAGGCCCAAGCAGCCACUGGCUUCGUCAUUGACCCGGUGAAAAACAAGAAACUUUCAGUUGAGGAAGCUGCAGCUCAAGGAGUGGUUGGCAAUGAGUGGAAAAACAAAUUGCUCUCAGCAGAAAGAGCUGUUACAGGAUACAGAGAUCCCUACACAGACAAAACAAUUUCUUUGUUCCAAGCUUUGAAAAAAGAUCUAAUUGUGAAAGAUCAUGGGAUUCGUCUCCUUGAAGCACAAAUUGCUACAGGAGGAAUAAUUGACCCAGUGCACAGUCACAGAGUUCCUGUGCAAGUGGCAUAUGAAAGAGGUUACUUCGAUGAAGAAAUGAACCAAGUUUUAUCUGAUCCUGAUGAUGACACCAAGGGCUUCUUUGAUCCCAACACCCAAGAGAACCUCACCUACCUCCAGCUGGUAGAGAGAUGUGUCAUUGACCCUGUCACAGGCCUAAGUUUGCUCGUCAUUGUGAGGAAAGGAGAGUUUUAUUUCUUUGUUGAUGAGGCUACAAAGCUCAUUCUAAAAUCUACAACAACAACAAGAGCAGGAGGUAAAUACCAAGGGAAAACCAUAUCUCUGUGGGAUCUUCUUUACUCCAAAUACAUCACUGAGGAGAAGAGGAGAGAACUUGUGCAGCAGUACAAGUCUGGAUCAAUCACAAUUGAACGUUUUCUGGAAAUCAUCCUGACAAUCAUUCAACAGCAGACAGCCUCGUCCUUAACAAGUGUCACAUGCCAACCACCACAAACUAAAGUUGACAGCAGCACAACCAAAACCACCAUUACCACUACUACCAUCUCAGAAACAAGUCAACUUCCAAAGUUCCAUGGAAUCCGAAAGGAUGUCACUGCAACUGAGCUCCUAGAAUCCCAAAUCAUCACUGAGGACCUCUACAAAGGUCUUAGCGCUGGAGAAGUCACAGUGACGGAAAUCAGUGAAAUGGACUCAGUACGGAAGUACCUUGAAGGGACCAACAGCAUUGCAGGAGUGUACCUGCAGUCCACCAAGGAGACUCUGAGUAUAUAUGAAGCUAAAUGCAGAGGCCUACUGACCCCAGGUACUUCUCUGGUUUUGUUAGAGGCCCAAGCAGCCACUGGCUUUGUCAUUGACCCGGUGAAAAACAAGAAACUUUCAGUUGAGGAAGCUGCAGCUCAAGGAGUGGUUGGCAAUGAGUGGAAAAACAAAUUGCUCUCAGCAGAAAGAGCUGUUACAGGAUACAGAGAUCCCUACACAGACAAAACAAUUUCUUUGUUCCAAGCUUUGAAAAAAGAUCUCAUUGUGAAAAAUCAUGGGAUUCGUCUCCUUGAAGCACAAAUUGCUACAGGAGGAAUAAUUGACCCAGUGCACAGUCACAGAGUUCCUGUACAAGUGGCAUAUGAAAGAGGUUACUUCGAUGAAGAAAUGAACCAAGUUUUAUCUGAUCCUGAUGAUGACACCAAGGGCUUCUUUGAUCCCAACACCCAAGAGAACCUCACCUACCUCCAGCUGGUAGAGAGAUGUGUCAUUGACCCUGUCACAGGCCUAAGUUUGCUCGUCAUUGUGAGGAAAGGAGAGUUUUAUUUCUUUGUUGAUGAGGCUACAAAGCUCAUUCUAAAAUCUACAACAACAACAAGAGCAGGAGGUAAAUACCAAGGGAAAACCAUAUCUCUGUGGGAUCUUCUUUACUCCAAAUACAUCACUGAGGAGAAGAGGAGAGAACUUGUGCAGCAGUACAAGUCUGGAUCAAUCACAAUUGAACGUUUUCUGGAAAUCAUCCUGACAAUCAUUCAACAGCAGACAGCCUCGUCCUUAACAAGUGUCACAUGCCAACCACCACAAACCAAAGUUGACAGCAGCACAACCAAAACCACCAUCACCACUACUACCAUCUCAGAAACAAGUCAACUUCCAAAGUUCCAUGGAAUCCGUAAGGAUGUCACUGCAACUGAGCUCCUAGAAUCCCAAAUCAUCACUGAGGACCUCUACAAAGGUCUUAGCGCUGGAGAAGUCACAGUGACGGAAAUCAGUGAAAUGGACUCAGUACGGAAGUACCUUGAAGGGACCAACAGCAUUGCAGGAGUGUACCUGCAGUCCACCAAGGAGACUCUGAGUAUAUAUGAAGCUAAAUGCAGAGGCCUACUGACCCCAGGUACUUCUCUGGUUUUGUUAGAGGCCCAAGCAGCCACUGGCUUUGUCAUUGACCCGGUGAAAAACAAGAAACUUUCAGUUGAGGAAGCUGCAGCUCAAGGAGUGGUUGGCAAUGAGUGGAAAAACAAAUUGCUCUCAGCAGAAAGAGCUGUUACAGGAUACAGAGAUCCCUACACAGACAAAACAAUUUCUUUGUUCCAAGCUUUGAAAAAAGAUCUCAUUGUGAAAAAUCAUGGGAUUCGUCUCCUUGAAGCACAAAUUGCUACAGGAGGAAUAAUUGACCCAGUGCACAGUCACAGAGUUCCUGUACAAGUGGCAUAUGAAAGAGGUUACUUCGAUGAAGAAAUGAACCAAGUUUUAUCUGAUCCUGAUGAUGACACCAAGGGCUUCUUUGAUCCCAACACCCAAGAGAACCUCACCUACCUCCAGCUGGUAGAGAGAUGUGUCAUUGACCCUGUCACAGGCCUAAGUUUGCUCGUCAUUGUGAGGAAAGGAGAGUUUUAUUUCUUUGUUGAUGAGGCUACAAAGCUCAUUCUAAAAUCUACAACAACAACAAGAGCAGGAGGUAAAUACCAAGGGAAAACCAUAUCUCUGUGGGAUCUUCUUUACUCCAAAUACAUCACUGAGGAGAAGAGGAGAGAACUUGUGCAGCAGUACAAGUCUGGAUCAAUCACAAUUGAACGUUUUCUGGAAAUCAUCCUGACAAUCAUUCAACAGCAGACAGCCUCGUCCUUAACAAGUGUCACAUGCCAACCACCACAAACCAAAGUUGACAGCAGCACAACCAAAACCACCAUCACCACUACUACCAUCUCAGAAACAAGUCAACUUCCAAAGUUCCAUGGAAUCCGUAAGGAUGUCACUGCAACUGAGCUCCUAGAAUCCCAAAUCAUCACUGAGGACCUCUACAAAGGUCUUAGCGCUGGAGAAGUCACUGUGAUGGAAAUCAGUGAAAUGGACUCAGUACGGAAGUACCUUGAAGGGACCAACAGCAUUGCAGGAGUGUACCUGCAGUCCACCAAGGAGACUCUGAGUAUAUAUGAAGCUAAAUGCAGAGGCCUACUGACCCCAGGUACUUCUCUGGUUUUGUUAGAGGCCCAAGCAGCCACUGGCUUUGUCAUUGACCCGGUGAAAAACAAGAAACUUUCAGUUGAGGAAGCUGCAGCUCAAGGAGUGGUUGGCAAUGAGUGGAAAAACAAACUGCUCUCAGCAGAAAGAGCUGUUACAGGAUACAGAGAUCCCUACACAGACAAAACAAUUUCUUUGUUCCAAGCUUUGAAAAAAGAUCUCAUUGUGAAAAAUCAUGGGAUUCGUCUCCUUGAAGCACAAAUUGCUACAGGAGGAAUAAUUGACCCAGUGCACAGUCACAGAGUUCCUGUACAAGUGGCAUAUGAAAGAGGUUACUUCGAUGAAGAAAUGAACCAAGUUUUAUCUGAUCCUGAUGAUGACACCAAGGGCUUCUUUGAUCCCAACACCCAAGAGAACCUCACCUACCUCCAGCUGGUAGAGAGAUGUGUUAUUGACCCUGUCACAGGUCUUAGUCUACUCCCCUUGAACAGAUGAUGGAAAGAAAACUGUGACACUACCAUUGACUUUGUUUGGUCUGCAUAAAUAUCAUGUUUUUGUGCUAAUUUCCCCAAGUACUUUUUUUGUCAAAUUAACAAAAUAAUUUCAGUGCAUGUCUUUCACAAUUUUACUUUUAUUUCAACCUGUGUUGACCACAUAGAAUAUAUACUGUAUGGACAACACAGCAAUAAUGUUGCAAUAGGUAUUUUCAUUUAUGGUUUCAUUCACCCCUUUCUCUGUUCAGUACUAUACACCCCUUAAGUCAGCAUACACCAGAGUGGUAACAGUUGCAUUUGCUGUUGAUGUUUGAUUUGUGGGUCGAUGGAUUUGAGUUUUUCUACAUUUGCACUCAAUAUAUAUUCUUAGUAAGUGAAACAUGGGAAUAGGAAAUUGUUGUUUAAGGCCCGUUUACACAGUAUGGAGCCAACGAUGCAUUUCUUUUGUCUUGCAGUUUUAUUGUAAAAAAACAUAAAAAAAAUAUCUUGCGCUAAAUGUUUAAUUGUGUCUGAAUAAAUAAUCAAAUUAAUAUAAUAGUCUUUCUUUCAAUGGUAACAUGUCAUGUUGGUGAAAGUCCCAUUAAGUACCCAUGAUAAUUUUCGUUCAACAAAGUGAAAAAUGUCUACCUGGUCUUUAUAGUAAAGAGAACAACAACCACUAGUGGAAACAACUUGCAAGUAGUGCUGAACAUAAUUUAUUUCAGAUAUUUUAGACAAACUUUAUUUUUUUUUCUCAAAUUAUCCAACGUAAAAAGUGUAGAAAAAGGGUAAUUUGAGAAAUUCUGAUAUACACAAGUUAUUGAGAACAACCCCAGCCCCUGUUUUCAUUGACAUCUAAGCAGUUCCAGUCCAGUUAUUACAAGAUUUGUAAUUUAAAAAGUAAAUUUAAAUUUAAAUGUUGAAACUUAAAGCUUAAUGAUUUGCAAAUUUAAUGUAUUGACUGAUGAACAUUAGAACAAUAUUAUACCACAGAGCCAUUAGAACAGUGCAAAAAAGAUAACAAAUAUGGCAGACCAACACCAGUGCAGUCUCAAGAUGUAAUCUACAUGAAGUGGAGUUGAGAUUAAUAUGAACUAGUAUGAGUGUGAAUGCAAUGAGACCUACAUGUGUAAUGCACUUGUGGAAACUUUUAUAAAAAAGUGUUGGGAUAA